AUGUCGAAAUAUUUCAUCAUUAUUCUAUUUCUCAUUGCAAUUAAUAUCGUACCUACAAAUGCCGUAAUACGUGUUUGCAAUGAUGGUGCCUACAUCGCAAAAUGCUACCUAGAAUCCCGAUCGCUUAAUUUUGGAUUUCGGAUCCGUCGUCAAGACACAGGACUGUUCCCUGUCGCACAAUGCGCAACAAUGGACGUGCCUAUUGAAGCUUUCUGGAAUCGAUUGGAAUGUAAAGAGUUGGCAUUUAUUGCAAUAUACAAAAGUAUAUUCGUUCAAGAAUUCGCCUCAGCAAUGUUUAGUUUAGAUUUCUUUUUUACACCGGUGAGCAAAGAAAAACAAUCCGAUCUAUUCAACAUGACGACCAGUGAUGGUGUCACAGUGCGUCAUCCACCAAUCUCAAUCAGUGAUAUACAUCCGCGUUUAGAUAUCGAUACAAUAUCAAUUCUAAGCUCUCAAUCUGAUAGUAUCCAACAUUUAUCCUAUAAUGAAUCCGACGAUGAAGGCAAAGGCUUAGUUGGCUCGACUAGUGCACGUCUACAUGAUUCGAUUAACCAAACAUACCAGCCAUCGGCGUUAAAAAAAGAUUGGAUUAUGUAUUUAACCAAACCGACUGAUAGUAACCAUGCUAAACAUCAUCAGAGUUCGAGUGAUAAUGAAUCAUCAUCGUCAAUAUCAGACGGUGACGAUGAUGACGACGAAAGUGAACAAGGUUAUAUUGAAGAUCCAUGGACCAUAAAUAUAGUUCAGCGCGAAUAUUACACUAAACAAUUUCAAAAUCUUCAAUCGGAUAUCACUAAAGUUAUUAAUGGUCAUAUAGCAAAAGAAUUUUUCGAACGUUCGAAUUUACCGACAAGUGAAUUAUCUCAAAUUUGGAAUUUGUCUGAUGUGAAUCACGAUGGAGCGCUGUCAUUAGCAGAAUUCUGUACAGCUAUGCAUCUUGUUGUCUUGCGUCUCAAUGGCUUUCAGCUACCCGAUGAACUUCCUUCACAAUUACAACCGUUUACACCAUUGAUCGAUCUGUCCGAUAGCACAGCAACCGAUAAUUGGGCAACGUUUCAGCAAAAGACCGAUUCGCCUAAACAAUUCACAUACGCACAACCGAUUGCGGAUAACCAUCGAAUAGUUGCACCUGUUGCCGUUCGUUUAUCACCUCCUCUCCCUCCUCCGCCGCCACCGCCGCCUCAGUCAUCGGCGCCGGCUCAGACAACAAAACCACCACCACUUCCACCUCGCACCAGUGUCAAUGACACACCUCAACGAAACCUAAAUAACAAUACAUCGACUAAUACAACGCCUCACCUUUAUAAUCGGACGCGUCCAUCGAUGACUUCACCGCCUGUUCAUCAACAAUCAGAUCCAAAUGUUUUACUUGGACAAAUUCGUGAUCUACUUCAACCUGAUCAUUUACAAGAACUAUCUUCGAUUAUAUCGACAUCGUCAACCAGUAAUGAACAAUUCGAUUCAGCGUUAAGUCAAGUUAAAACUCGUAAUUCAAUCCUCAAAGCACAAUUAAAACAUUGGGAAGAUCGACUAACAGAUUUAAUUGAUAAAAGAAUUUCGCUAGAACUGCAAUUGAAAGUACAACAGCAACAUCACCAAUAA